GACACGGACAAAAAAAAAAGAGAGGAAUUUGUUGUUUUUACUCAUUUUUGUGUGAAAUCCUUUUGGUUUAUUUAUGGGUAGCGUUGUCAGUAAAAACAGUAAGAGAGAGGGAGCAGCAGCUCAGCGUCGACUCAGUCAUGGGUUCGUCUCACACGUGGGGGUCUCCAUCACACACAGACUCGGACACUCAGCGGUGUAUUCUCGGCCUGUGGGACCGGACAGCAGCCCGCCCGUCCCCGCACUCCCGCUGCCUCCAGGGGACACAGAGACAACUCAUCCAGCUUCCAUCUCUGUCUUUAUGCCUGAGUUUCCACAUUGUAAACUUCCUGGACGAGAUCACUUCCAGAUCCUGGGUUUCAUAGCCAAAGGCUCAUAUGGACCCAUCCUGAAAGUGAAGGACAGUACUAAAGAGAAGACCUAUGCUGUUAAAGUCCUACCAAAGUCAGAGAUCUUGAAGCAUGGAGUGCUGGAGCAGUCAAAAGAAGAAGUCAUCAUUCAGCGGCAGCUCAAACACCCAUUCAUCCACAAUCUGCAGGACUGCUGGCAGGCACAGCGCCAUCUCUUCAUUAUGUGCGACUACUGCAGCAUGGGAGACUUGUACACCUACUGGUUACUGAAGGGCCGGUUUGGGGAGGAUGUGGUUCGGCUUUUUGCUGCGGAGCUGGGCAGUGCGCUGGGAUUUCUGCAUGACUUAGGGAUCAUACACAGAGAUGUAAAGAUGGAUAACAUUCUUUUAAGUGAUCAAGGUCACCUUCGUCUCUCUGAUUUUGGACUCUCGUGGCGGUUGAAACGAGGAGGAAGGGCAUUUACGAUAUGUGGGACCAUGCAAUACAUGGCUCCUGAAGUUUUAAGUGGGGGUCCGUACAACCACGCGGCGGACUGGUGGUCUUUUGGCAUUACGUUGUUUUCACUGGUGACAGGAGAGUUUCCAGUACCUGCAGAGCCGGAUCAUAGAACCAUGUUGAACACUGUCACAGAGUAUCCUUAUGUCCUACCUGAGACCUUCAGCUCUGCUCUCAUCUUACUGCUCACCGAGCUUCUGUGCAAGAACCCAUUGAACCGGCUUCGUAACCUGGAGCGUUUCAAGAUGCAGGCCUUCUUUCGUGGCACAUCGUUCGACUCUCUCAUCCUUCAAAAGAUGCCCGUUCAAGUCAUUCUGGAGCUCAGAACUCAUCCUGAUUGGACAUCCAAAGCCAUGAGAGGCCUUUCAUUGGACUACUUUGCUAACUUUGACUGCGAUAAAAUCCUUAAUUCUCCGACAACUUCCACCUAAAAGUCUCCAACCUUGGCCAACACGGACCUGAGCCCAGCUACAGAGCAGGCUUGUAAAGCAUAAGACUAGACUAUGUUUCUAUGAAACUCUGCAGAUAAAGAACAUUUCUCUGAUGUCUC